ACUAGCGGACGUGUCAUAUUUCGAUUCAAAUAUUGCUUGUAAAUUGGUAAGAUCAGUCGAUCUUCCAUUACCUAGUGCCAGAUAUUAUAAUCGUGAUUACCGAAUCAAGUUUGGGUGAUUAGUGGAAGUGUUAGAAUGUAUCGUUUGUUGAUUAUAUUAUUUGUUUAUGUGGAUAGACUGUCCCAAUGUAAUGGCAUUACAAAACGACAGGCUGAAGACCAAAGAUGGGAUUGGGGUUAUGUCGAUAUUGACAUACCAAACAAAUCAGCACCCGACACCAAUAAUUUACUCAAUAACAAUCAACAAAACAAAAGUGCAAACCUCGAAGUACCACCAACACGAACCACGAUUGUAACAAAAGAACCCACUACCACCACAAGGAAACCUACACCAUAUUUCUGCUUGGCUUACAACGAAACCAAGCCCAAUUUUAAUACACCCGGCCGGAGAAUUAGCGAAGCAAAAUGCUACGAUUACAUGUGGGAACUGAACGUGAGGUUGGAAUUGGACAGGCGUUUAUUAAAAUGUGUCGAUUAUAAUGCUAAGAAGUAUAAUCAGUAUGCUGCUAUAGGGGGGCACGCUACUGGGCCCGGCGAUUACCCUCACAUGGGCGCUAUAGGCUGGAAAGCAUCAGUAGGGACAUGGGUGUUCAAAUGUGGCAGCUCUCUUAUAAGCGAGAAAUUCGUGUUGACUGCCGCCCACUGCGCAAGGGCAUCGGCCAGAGAUAGUACCAUUGCUGAUCCAGUGCCGAAGAUAGUGAGGCUUGGUGAUAAAAAUAUUAUUGAUGUUACUUACAAUUUUUUACCACCGACAGAUGUAAACAUAUCCAGAAUCAUUGUGCAUCCCAGAUAUUUGGCUCCGAAGAAAUACUUUGACAUAGCAUUGAUGGAAUUGGAGAUGAAAGUGACAUUUUCCAGGUUAAUCCAACCUGCUUGCAUCUGGAAGAGUUAUUCUAGCAGUGAAUUUGGAAAUGGAGCUACAUUAACUGGGUGGGGUGUGGUGGAAACAGGCUCCCUGAAAAUCUCACCAGAACUUCAAGCGGCAACUGUCGAUAUCAUCGAUUCCCAAACAUGUGAUGAUUUACUCAAGACCUCAUGCAAUAGAAAUUGGUGUGGACUCCAAGACCAUCAGAUAUGUGCUGGGAAAUUAAAAGGAGGUGUUGAUGCCUGUCAGGGUGACUCCGGAGGGCCUCUCCAAGUGAAGAUUCCUCAACGCUCAACCAGCCAAGGCCAAAUGCACUACGUCUUCGGCAUCAUAUCCUUCGGAGUAGGAUGCGCUCACCCUAACUUACCCGGUAUUUACACGAGGGUGUCCAGUUUUAUAGACUGGAUUGAAGAUAUUGUAUGGGAAGGGGAGUCUGGUCAAAAAUAAAAGUUUGCGAGUAAAAGUGUUAUUAUUUGCUUCCAUGUGUGUGAAAAGUUGUGAUACACUGCGGCUGCCUGCUCAACUCUUAUGUUCCUGGGA